AUGGACAAAGGGAUCAUCGUCCCGCUCCUCGGCGCGCUCCAAGCAUGCGUCUCCGUCCUGCUAACGAUGGCCUACGGCGCCGCGGCGCAACGACUGCGUCUGAUCCAGAAGUCCUCGAUCGACGAUAUCGCCGGGCUGGGUAUGAAGCUGCUUCUUCCGGCGCUUAUCGUCGUGCAUCUAGGCGAGCAAUUGGAAUUGGAGAAUGUGGCUAAUUAUGGACCGGUUGUUGGCAGCGAAGUCCUGGCGCCGUUCAAAUCACCGUUCACGGACGUGGCGAUUGGGUGUACAUUGCUAGGCGCGGUGCUGGGCCUCGUGCCGCAGCUGCAUCGGGCGUUUUUCGCAUCGUACGAGCACGGCGGGAUCUUCAAUGCGUGGUUGACGUCCAGCGUGAAGAAUGUCGGGAAGCUGUUCACCACGCUGCAGAUGUUCGCGGUGGGGUGUAAAUUGGGGGUCAGCUUUGAGCAGAUGCGCGGCCGUCGAGACCGAGACAGCUCGGGCCGAACGCCGUUCAAGGCCGUGGCGACGAUUUUCCUGGUUCGGCUGGUGGUGUGGCCUGCGUUGAGUAUUUCGUUCAUCUACGUGCUGGCGCGAAGGACGGAUCUCGUGCGAUCGGAUCCCAUCCUGUGGUUUAGUCUGAUGCUGAUGCCGGCCGGACCGCCGGCGCUGGUCAUCUCGGGGCUGGCGGAAUUGGCCAGAGUAUCGCAGGCGGAGAAGAUGGCCGUUGCGAAGACGUUGAUGAGAGAUCUGCUCCCCCUGGUUCUUCUACAGAGCCAGCUGGCCAACGAUUCCCCCGCCUAUACGCCCUCCGCCGCUCCCGACCACCCUCACCCUCCUAUCCCCUCCCGACCCUCGCCGUCUCGUCCGAACCGCUCGGCCCCGGCUGCAGGCAACGUUCCGCCGUCCUCUCAGUCCGUCUCCUUCGCCCAGAAUUAUCGCAGGUCUGCCGGUGUGAACGGGGGUUUGAGUUCGUUGUCCUCUCGUCGCCGCCGUCGUCGUCGCAGUAGCACGCCCGAUACUUCCGGCGAAACCACCGAGGGAACGACAGGAGGUCGUCUGGGAGACCGCACGGCGGCAAGCGAGGCCAGUUUUCCGGAUCACUCCAGUAUCCAGUCCCACACCUUAUCCGAGGGUCGUUCGCCAUCCCCCAAGCGCAGGCGCCUGGCAAAUAUGCGGCCGGAUGGAAUUUCGAGUCUGAAUGGUCCCUCCCAAGCGUCUAACGGCUCCACUGCGUCUCCGUCCCAGAAGACGAGUCUUUCCCACGCCUUGAAUGGGCAGGUCUCGUUCGGUUCGUCGAACGGUGACCUGCACACGAACGGAUCUCAGAAACUCUCGCCCGCAUCAUCCUCAUACUUCGGCCAUGAUCGAGAAGAAAUCACCCGGAUUCUGAUCCAGAGUCUGUUCGAGCUCGGGUACAAUGGAUCGGCGUCGAUGCUGAGCAAGGAAAGCGGCUAUCAGUUGGAAAGUGCCGGCGUUGCUACGUUCCGCGAUGCGGUGCUGGACGGGCGAUGGGCUGAGGCCGAGAAGAUCUUGGUACAUUCGUUUUAUCCGGACGGGAACGGGCGGUCGCUGAACGGUCGGGAUCACACACCCUCGAAGGAGCGAUUGGUACUGGUGGAGGAUGCCGAGCUCAAUGAGAUGCUCUUCUACCUCCGGCAGCAAAAGUUCUUGGAAAUGCUGGAGAGUCGUGAUCUCGGAGCGGCGCUGAUCGUUCUUCGCCACGAGCUGACGCCUCUGAACUACGAUAUUGCUCGUCUUCAUGCUCUAUCUAGUCUUCUCAUGUGCCCGCCCGAGCAUCUUCGUGAUCAAGUGGGCUUGAAUGGCUCCAUGACCUUUUCGCGGGAGCGACUAUUAUCGGAUCUAUCAAAAUCCAUAUCCCCGUCCGUGAUGAUUCCGGAUAAUCGUCUGGCUAUCUUGCUCAACCACGUCAAGCAAACCCAGAUCAACCAAUGCCGAUAUCAUAAUACCGCAUCGCCCCCUUCGCUGUAUUCGGACCAUAUGUGCGACCGCAACGAUUUCCCGCUUCGGACGGGGAUCGAACUGAAUCAACAUUCUGACGAAGUCUGGUACUGCCAAUUUUCCCAUGAUGGCACGAAAUUAGUCACGGCUGGCCGAGACCACGGCGUCAUCAUUUACGACACGACUACGUUUGCCGUGGUGCACAAAUUGGUUGAUCACGACGACGGAGUAGCUCAUGCCAGCUGGAGUCCGGAUGACACCAAACUCAUCACCUGUUCCCAGGACAAGAAAGCUCGUGUGUGGAAUGUCGAGACGGGCCGCUGCCUGUUGACAAUAAACCACCACCGUCAACCAGUCACAGCUGCGGCAUGGGCUGCCGACGGAGAGUCCUUCGUGACGGCUUCGCUCGACCUUAGCUCGCAACUGUGCCAUUGGAGUCUGCGCGGUCAUGCUAUCUACAUGUGGCCGGGCGGGUUCCGCGUUCAAGAUUGUGUCAUCACUCCCGAUGGUCGACGAUUGUUGGCGGCAGACGUCGAGGAAAAGAUCCAUGUUUACAACUUUAUGACUCACGAAGAGGAAUAUUGUCUUCCCUUGAAGAGCAAACCCACGUCCGUUGCCGUCAGCAAAGACUCCCGUCAGAUGCUCGUCAACCUCUCGGAGGGCCAAAUACAGCUCAUCGAUAUUGACACCACCAAUGUGAUCCGACGGUUCCAAGGACAGAAGCAGGGCUCUUUUGUUAUCCGAAGUACAUUUGGAGGAGCUGCGGAGAACUUUGUUGUCAGCGGAAGCGAAGACUCUCGUGUCUAUGUUUGGCACAAAGAAAAUGGAACGGUUGUGGAAACCCUGGAGGGACACAACUCUGGAUGUGUCAAUGCGAUAUCCUGGAACCCCACCAAUCCUGGCAUGUUCGCUUCUGCCGGGGAUGAUUGUUUGGUCAGAAUCUGGACUAGAGAACGCGAUACUCACCCUAAUGCCUCGAUGGGCAAAAGCCGCGCCGUAUCGGCUAGUGGAUUCGCGCGAACCAGUGCCUUACGUUCAACAUCAAGCUUUUAA